UUAUAAGGCCUUGCAUGUUAUCUUUAGGAAUGGGAUAAUGUAGAGAUCCUUGCAGCUUUACAUCUUUUGAGUUUAUGAAUAAGGUAUGUGAGACUGACAACAGUUUCCUUGUUGAGAGUUCUCUCCACAGUAGGAGGCUUUUUGCUGUCCUGUAGAAAAAGUUUUUAAAAUUCUCAGAUUGAUGAUGUCCUGCAUAUGCAACAAAAGUGAAGCUGCUAGUCUAGGUAAUAACUUCACUAGUGGAAUACAUGUUAGAGGGUACUGUAUUGUGCCUGUAUUAAAACUUAAAGUAGUAAACAGUAAUUAACUCAUGCAGUGUUUUGAAUCAUAGUCUAGGCUAAGCAUCAGUUGCUCUCUUUUUUUCUUUUGUCAUUUCACUAAUUUAUCUUGUUAGUUUCAUGGAUUAGGCUAAAUUAAAAUCCAAAGUAGGGAAACAUAUCCUAAAUGAAAGUGUGAGGCUGCAGCUUGAUGGAGAAACCAACAAUUGGUGGAGAGAAAAUAAUAGCCUGAUGUUUAUCUUCUUGAUGACGGGGAGGAGGCUUUGGUGAGGGUUAGCUGGUAUUAUUUCAGAAUAGGGUUACUGGAAUGCUAGCCAGAUUCUUACGUUCUCUGUUUGUAAGCAGCUAUCUUAUGAGGGGAAGGAUCUGGCAUUUAGCAAUGAGUGCUGAAAAAGCAUUGUGUUCAUUCAUGGACUGGUGCUGGCAAGUGGUUGUAGUUCAUCAGGCACUUUAACGUGUAAAUAUUUUUUCUUAUUUUAAUACAGUAUCUCAUGUUGUGCUUUAAGGAAUGAUGUUGUGCUGGCGGUGGAGGAUUCAAGGUGAAGUUGACCAUCCAAUAUCUUUAGCAUGUUAGGAGCUUUCUAAGUCGAAUGCUAUUAUGGAGUGAAAUUGCUUCUCUGUGGUAUUGAGGGUAACACUUUGGUAAACAUGGUUUCCUCCUGGCAAGAAAAGAGUUGGUGGUAUUUCUACCACAAGAUGUUCCUCUUCCAUGUAUCAAAAGGCAGAGGUUUAUCUGCGUAGAAGGUAAACACAGAUAGAGCUGCAAAUAAAUUGAACUCGACUGUAGUUGCAGAAUAUGAGUAUCUGCAAGAGCAGAUAUGUGCAGUAACAGUUAAAAUUUGUAACUUGAGUCCCAAAUAGUUUUCAAGUGGAAACAGUACGUUGAUGGCAAAAAUUUAGUUGCAUCAUUUCCAAAAGGAAGUCGAUAUUUGUUCUGGAGUCUGCUAUGUGAUUUUGUGAUAUAAAAGAGAAAAGGGAAGAGUAACAGUUGUGUGCCAUACUGGGCCCCUCCUGAGGCAGCAAGUAGCUGUGGUGUUUGUUUCCUUCUAGUGGUCUUGGGAUGCUUAGCAGUUUGUAAGCUGCUAAAUGACUUCUUGGUAAUUGGGAAAGCUGUGAACUGAGGUUCAGGAAAACAUCAUUGCACCUGAUUUGCUCAUACUUGAGCAGUCUUGGGUGCUAGAAACUGAAUUCACUAAAAUGGAAGCUUUUACUAGUAAUUGUGCUUCAGUGUCAUUAGAAUGGCCUGAUGAACACUUUGGAUGUGUUUUUUUUCUUACCAUUUAUUAUGUAGGACCAAUGCAGAUGUAUAAAAAUGAAAUGUUGUCUAUUAUGACUCCUGAGUCAGCAGCAUAAUAUUUAAACACUACCAACUUUCUGCUCAGUAGGCCAUUAAGAAUUGGCCUAUUGAGGUCAAGUGUAGGUUUAGUAAGUGCAGAGUGUGAGUAGAGCUAGAGUGGGCCUAGUUAAUUAAAGUGUAAAAAUGAGAGCAUGAGGUUGUAUUGGUACAAAUUACUGGUUUGGCUCUCAGAAAACUUGCAUAUGGCCUCAGAUCGGGGAGGAGGGAGGCAUCAGUGCUUCAAGUGCAGGCUGUUUUGUAGACGGACGUGUAGAGACUGGAGAAAUUCAUGAGCUGACAGGAGCCUUGUGAAGUGAACUUUUAAGUGCCAAGUCCUGAAUGUGGGAAGUAACGCUGCACAUCAAUGCAUAUGCUUGGGGACUGACUGGAGACAAAGCAAAUUGGCAGAAAAAGACCUGUGGCAAAGAAGGCCAACUGCAUACUGGGUUGUUUUAACAUGAAUGCAGUGAGAGGGAUGAGGAAGUGGUUCUUCGCUUUCCCCUGCACUUGUGAGACCGUAUCUGGAGUGCUGUACCCUGUUCUGGGAAAUCCAUUUACGUGCCAAACUGAGUCCAGUAGAAUGCCAUAAAGGAGGUUAAGGGACUGUGGUGUGCGAUGUGAGACAAGGGCAGAAAGAUGGCCACUUAAACCCACCACAGAUACUUUACUGCAGAGGUGAAUCAUACUCAUUUCAUUAGUGCACAGGGGUAGGAUGAGAAACAACAGGUAAGAGCUGGAACCUGAAAAAAAGAGAAAAGGAAAAAAAAAAAAAGCCAUUACAGUCAUCUAAUUUAACUGAUUGGACAGAGAGACUGUGGAUUCCCUAUCCUUGGUGAUGUUCAAAAACUCAGUGAGACAAGUUCUUGGGCAGCCUACCUUUGUUGGACCUGCUUUGAGCUGAAGGUGGGACUAGAUGCUCUCCAAAUGUCUCUUCCUGCAUCAUUUUGUGCCUCUAGUAUAAGGUUCUUUUAAAUUAGUGGUGUGGUGGGGUUUUCUUUAUUGUGAAAGGAAAUGACAGGCUAUAACUGAAGACUAUGAUGGGGUCCCCACAUCACCCUUCUCUCCAAAUUGAAAGUAUAUGAAUUUGAUGGGUUGACUGUUUGAUGGAUGAGGAACUGGUUGCAUGUUUGUACCCAGGGAGUGGUGGUCAGUGGCUCAAUGUCUGGAUAAGGAUCAGUGACCAGUGGUGUCCCUCAGAGAUCAGUGCUGGGAACAGUGCUGUUUAAUAUCUUCAUCAGUGACAUCAGCAGUGGGACCAAGUACACCCUCAGUAAGUUUAAUAUGAGUGAAAGCAUUUUUGAUGGUAAGGGCAGUGAAGAUCUGGAGCAGGUUGCCCAGAGAGGUGGUUGAUACCUUGACCCUGAAGACAACCAAGGUCAGGCUGGGUGGGUCUCUGAGCAACCUGAUUGAGCUGUAAGCAUCCCUGUUUUUUGAAGGGGAGGUAGACUAGAUGACCAUUAAGGGUCCUUUCCAACUCAAAACGUUCUAUGAUUCUAUAACUGUCACCAGACCUCAUAAAAUAUUUUCUCCAUGAACAAAUCAGGUUUUUUUCUUUAUCUGAGAAGUUUCUGCUGUUGUAAGAUGAUAAUGAAUCCCCUGUGCUCAAAUCGGACACUAGUUCACUAAUUUUUUUUUUUCUGCAGGUGCCAAGUUGCCAUGAUUUUUUUAGGUUGAAUGAGUUCUGAGUUGGAACCAUGUAGGGUAGAAUGGAUAUGAAAUCUGUAAUGCUUCUGGAACUUCUAUUCAUUUGAAAUGUGAGGAUCUUAACUUGAAAAUAGCCAUUUGUGGUAUCCUUCAUACCUUGCUGGAAAGAACUCUGCUGUGUAUUUCAAACUCUACCUAUGACAACAGGCAAGGUUUAGAGGUGUUUUUUUUUUUAAUAUAUAAUUAGAGGUUACAAAAAAGGACACUGAAAUGCCAUUGCUGUGCACCUUUUGGUGUUCUUAAUUCUCUGUGGUGUGCUUGGUUACGUCUUCCAGUUUGUACCAGAAAAUCACAGAAUCAACUGAAUAUGGAAAUGAGCAACAGAACUUGCCUUCCCAUUACCAGCACUUGGCCAACUCACAGGUGUGGUCAAAUGAUCACUGCUGAGAAUCUUGAAUGGUAGAUUUGAGCAGUGUUAUUCAUAACACUAGUGUUUGUUGGCACCUACAAGGAAAGGCCUUCACGAUGAUCAACUCAACUACCAACCUGACCCAGCAAGCCCCAUUGUUACACCAUGGCCCUUGGGCAAAAUAACUUGAGCUGGAUCUCUGCACCUCAGCCUUUAAAGAAUUUGGUCCAUAAGCUGCUUUUUCUUGUUAGAGUAAUUUGCUCUAAACAAAACACAUUUACUAGAGUGUUUCAAGAAAAGUUCUUACUAUUCUCACUUCUAAGGUGAUCUUUCUGAACUAUUGGUUUACUUGCAUUUUACACCUGAAAUACAAUUGCACUUUUUCAGAAGUGUUAUGUAGGUGCUAGAGGCAUUUUUGUUGUCAGUAUGUAUCCAAGAUUUCCAGUGAAUGGCAUUCAUUUUGGAUGAAUCCCAAAGAUGCUAGAAGGUAGUAGAAAGCAGGGAAAAAGUUGGUAAGCACUGAAGUCAGGCUCAUUUGAUUGUCUUUUGCGAUCUUUUAAAAACCUGAGGAAAUGUGCAGUUGUUUGUACAGGACUGGGUUAGUCAGUUUAGGAUUUGCAGUUAGGCCGCAGCUAGUAGGUGCUGCCUUCUCAGCACAACCAUGUGGACACCCCUGUAGUAGAAAUAACCAGUCAUUUAACCUUCCCAGAUUCCCAUUCAUUCUUCUAUGCUUCUUUCUAGGAGUUUGACUUUAAUGGGAAGGAAGUGUAUGAGUUCUAAGACGAGCAAAAAUCAAAUUAAAGUAGAUCUUGUAGAUGAGAAUUUUACAGAAUUAAGAGGAGAAAUAGCAGGACCUCCGGAUACACCGUAUGAAGGUGGAAGAUAUCAACUAGAGAUAAAAAUUCCAGAAACAUAUCCAUUUAAUCCUCCUAAGGUGCGGUUUAUCACCAAAAUAUGGCAUCCUAAUAUUAGCUCAGUUACUGGGGCCAUUUGUUUGGAUAUUCUGAAAGAUCAAUGGGCAGCAGCAAUGACUCUAAGAACAGUGUUGUUAUCUCUGCAAGCGUUGUUGGCUGCUGCAGAACCAGACGAUCCGCAAGACGCAGUAGUGGCAAACCAGUACAAACAAAAUCCAGAAAUGUUUAAACAGACAGCUCGACUUUGGGCACAUGUGUAUGCUGGAGCACCAGUUUCUAGUCCAGAAUACACCAGAAAAAUAGAAAACCUUUGUGCUAUGGGCUUUGAUAGGAAUGCAGUAAUAGUGGCCUUGUCUUCAAAAUCAUGGGAUGUAGAGACUGCAACAGAAUUACUCCUGAGUAACUGAACCAUGUAGAGAGCUGCUUCGGUUGUCCAGCUUGCCCCUUCGGAGGAGCAUCACCAUCUGUUAUUUUUAGGAUUCUAUAUAGAUUCUCUUUUAAAACUGGCACUCUUGCCUGAUGAUGCUAUCUAGGCACGAUUGGAGACUGAAAAACCGCUCUGUAAAUAAAGCUAAUUAAACGUCUGUGUAAAUUUAAAAAGGGGAAAUACUUUAAUUUUUUUCUUACUAAAUAUUGUAAAAAUUCUUUGAGCUCAGCUAAAAUAAGGGGGGGAAAAACAUGCCUACUUUCGUGUUUAGCAGUGUGACGAAAACUAGCAGGAACUUUCUUCAGGAUUUUGAUUUAGUAAUUCAGAAAGCCACAUUUUGAGUGUUAGUCAUCAAAAUUGUUGGUGCCGCUCAUCACAGCUAUCUUACUGUUCUUAACAUGGAUCCUAUGUGCCUGUGGAUUGACCUAUAUUUGCAUGCUUGUACUUAAUAGACGUAUUAGGUAGGGGCGCUGAAGAGAGCACCAUUUAAAUACUCGAGUGUUCCUGUUUUCCUGAAAGACUUUAAAAGAUUCACCCCAAGUUCCAAAUGGUGACCUGUUCAGAACCUUUUUCUUCGUAGCUUAUUAACUGGGGAACCGGAUUCUCUUCUCCCUUACGUCAUACAGCUAAGAACCCUCCCUAGGUGAUUCUUCAUUCUGUUGGUAUUGUGUGCCAUGUAUGGUAGUCUAGGCUCGCCUAUGAAGAACAUAUUUUGAAUUAUCAGUGAUUUUCAUCCAUCGUAUUUUCUACACACUAGCAAGGGUUUAGUAUGCCUUGAUAUAGCACAAGAAUGGAGCUGGUUUUCUUUUCUUUUUUUUUUCUUUUUGUCUUAAGUGGAUGUAAAAUGUUCUUCAAUAUAUCUUGGAUAAUAUGACUUCACUGGAUUUGAAGGAGGAAAAAGCUAAUUCUCUGGCAUACUGAGAAUUAUAUUUUCUUUUGAGUGCUUGAUAUGAUGCAAUCAGCUGUUUUUGCAGCAGUUUCCUAGCUUUAUUUUGGGCUUCAGUUUAAGGAUUGCUUUCCAGGUACUUGAAAACUCAUCCUUGCUUGCGUUUUUCUCUAGUUGACACAUGGAGGCUGUGUUGGUGUUUUUACUGUACAUACUUCAAAUGCACAUAGAAGUUUGUUCUCAAUUUAGCUUUCUUUUGGAUUGAUGUUUCUGAUAAACGAGAACUGAAACUUACCUUGGCUUGUACAUACAGUCAGUCGUCUUAUUCGUAUUAAAAUGACAUUUCAUCCUGAGUGCAAAAGCUUGAAAAUUAUUAGUUUUGCAACUUCAAACACUAGUACAUCUAUUUAAAGAGAGCUCUACUGUCUUUAUGAAUAUGAUGCUAACUUUUGAGAAUAUAUCUGACAAGGACGUUCAGAGAAAUGCUGAGAAUAGGGUGGGGAUUGGCAGUGCUGUACCACGUAAGGCGUUUUUCCACAACUGUCUCUUCUCCUGAAGAGUGCAUUAAUGGGGUGGGAUGUGGGGAGGGACGUCUGGUUGGGGUUUCUCUUGGACUGUGAAGUGCAGGCUGAAAUAGUUUCACUCUUUGUAGAGGUUUGUUUAGAAGUUGUACUGGAUGAGAUCAGGAACGCUGCACCUAAUCAAUGUCUGGAGCACAGCUGUGGAACAGAACCAGAAAGUAGAGCUGUACAGACCCAACUCUACGGGGAUGCGCUCUGAACUCUUCUGUCCCAUGUGUCUGAGCUUAAAAUAUUUUGGGGGCACAGACGGUAAAUACUUCUAGCUCAUAUCAGUGCAAUACUAAAUGCAUUUGCUUAGUCUUAUACAUACUGCUUUAUGAGGUGUAGUCAGUGAUUGCUUUUCUUGGAUUUUCUUCAGUUAGUGUAAAUCAUUCUCGAAGAUGCCAAAGGAAACAAAUUGUUUUGUCUUUCUUUAUAUUUAUUUAUUUUUUUAAACAAGAAGCUGCUACUGUUCAGCUGGUUUGCUAGGUGAGAACCAGGGACAGUAGGAAACUGGCAGAAGGCCGCUAGUGUUAACCUCAGAUUGCUGUUUUUUCUGUUGUACAGGGUAAAAACUUGAUUACGUCAACUCCUUUUCUGUUGUGUUGUUUUAUCCUGGUGGUAAUUAUAAAUUGCUGACUGCU